AUUGACAAACGGUGAAAAAUGCUUGUUUUUGUUUCCUAAAGUCUGCGUACAAUUCCGAGUGGCUUGGUAGCGUUUAAUGUUUACGCUAGUUUUCCAAUAUUUCUCUGAUUCGCCGGCGCCAAUAUACAGCUUACACGAUGCCGUUUUCCUGCUGCUCUGCGUCGUUUUGCAAAAACAAUAGAUACAAUGUGUGCAGACGCGGGUUAGAUAUAACCUUUCACACAUUUCCCCCUCGUCAGUAUGCCAUAACACACCAAUGGAUACUUUUUGCAAAGCGCGAAGAAAACUGGGUACCCCACAAACACUCAGUGUUGUGUUCGGCCCACUUUAGAGAUGACGAUUUUCAAAUGGCAAAUUCUCCCGUAAUUAAGCAGGGCAAGCGAAUACGGCAUCUAAAUGUGAAUGCGGUCCCUACUAUCGUAAACCGUACUGCGAUUACUAUUUCGAAACGGGAAAAGCUUGACCAAGUACGCAAACAACUAUUAGAGAAGCUUUACACGAAAAUGGACGAGGAUAAUGAGCAAGCAGCUGGAAACGAUCACACGUACAGUGAGGCAAAAACGGACCGAACGGAAAAGAAAGGUCCUGUUGACGGAUGCCGGAAGAGCAUCUUUUUCUUGCAACGGUAUCCAAACGUGUGUGCUUUCUGCCUGAGAAUCAUAAAAGAUGUGAACCAAUUCGUACCAGUCACGCACUACCACGAUGCACUGGAGUGCACGAUCGAACAGAAAUUUGAUGAAAUAACCGGCGAUCCAAUGGACCAAGAGGAUCGUAGCGACAUUCAACAUUUGCUGCCCGAUAAAGCGUGUGACGAAUGUGUGACAAUGAUAGUAAAAUUUCACCAAUAUCAAAGGCAGCUGGAAUGCAUAAAAAAAUUUAGCACCGGAAUCGCACAUCUGCUGUAUGGCAAUGAACAACCGUUAGAGAAUCUUUAUCAAGACCAGGGGCCUUAUUUGGUGAACAUACUCAAACGGUUGGAUACGGCCCAAGGUACGAGAAUCAAUCAAUCGCUGGAGCAGUUACUGGAGGAAGUUACUUCGUACGGGAGAGUAAAGCAGAGUUCGACAUGCGAACAGGAUUCUGCAGAUGAGAUGUCGCUCGAGCUGUACUCAAACACGGAAAGCAUAUUAGAUAGCAGCGAUCGGCUUGAAAUUCAAACAACUGAUGAAGUGAUGAAAAGCAAAGAUGUGAACAUAUCCAAACAGCUGUACACUUGUCCGUACAUGGAUAUAUGCAACGAAUGGUUUUCAUCAAAUUCUGCAAUCGAGCAGCAUAUACGCGAGGAUCAUAAAAGUUUCUCCUGCCAUGUUUGCGGCUUCAAGAUAGCGUUUUACGAUCUCUACAAAAAGCACAUGGAAAGUCAUUCUAUCGCGCGUGCACUACUUCUAACCCAUAACAAAACGAGUUCAAGUUUGACAAAGGAAGGUGAAAAUUGUGAACAAACAUACCAAUGUGAAGAUUAUUUACCGCGAAGCCAAAGGCAGCGAUCGAACGACGCGAUAGGCAACUGGGUUUGUGGCGCGUGUCUUGGUGUGUACGCCAACGAUAAAGAGUUCAACAAUCAUCGAUGUUCAAAGGGCGCAUCAAAAGGAAAACUAGCCACACCUAGAGAUAUAUUGAAGAACAGCAGCAAAAGCAAGUUUGAAACUCAAAUGUUAGAAUCUGAAGAAUUGAUGGAUGAUGCGCAAGAAACACUCGAUUCAACUGCUGGCACUACAAACAUAUCUAGCAAGAGUAUUCAGUUACUUGAGAUCGAAUUUCUUAAUGAAAUGCAGUAACUUCGGAACAAGUUGCAGUUUUUGAUCCCAGACGACCAGGAUAAUCCAGAGUAGCUCGCAACUGACUUCAGUCCACACGUUCUUCCGUAUACUUUUACGAGGUCUACAACGAAUUUAAGGUCACCAUUGUUCGGCUUUACUCUGGGUGCGUAAUGUAUCGAGGAAUUUGUUGUACAGCUGUAAGAAUUUCGCCUUAAUUAAUAAUAUGAUGUUUCCAUUAUGUGAAGUAAUAUAAUUGAUCUGAGUUUAAAG